GCGGAACCAAAUGUCAUCGCGCCGCAGCGCUUCGGAAGGCUGUGAGUGUAACACGGUUUCCCAGCAGACAGCUGUGUGGGCCCAUGUGGAUCUGGCAGACCGGGGCAAAACAGCGGCGAAAGAAUACAGGAAUCAAGCCUAUCUUUAAUGCUAAUGCAAACUCUUUAAGUCAUCUGUGUGUCUGAACUAGUGAAAAAUGCUGAAGGAGGCGUUAGAGGGGCAGCUCACAGUGGUUUAUAACGCCGUCGCCGCCUCAGUGCAGGUCCAGGUUGAGCCUGUGGGUCGCUGGUUCGAGGCGUUCCUGAAGCGCAGGAUUAGAAAUGUGUCGGCUUCAUUUCAAGAGCUGGAGGAGGAGGAGGAGCUGUCUGAGGAAGAGGAGGAUGAGGAGCUGCAGCUGGAGGAGUAUCCGAUGCUGAAGACUCUGGACCCCAAAGACUGGAAGAACCAGGAUCACUACGCUGUUUUAGGUCUGGCACACGUCAGGUAUAAAGCGACCCAGAAACAGAUCAAAGCUGCUCAUAAAGCCAUGGUCCUCAAACACCACCCAGACAAGCGGAAAGCAGCAGGAGAGCAGAUUGUGGAGGGGGAUAAUGAUUAUUUCACUUGCAUUACAAAAGCAAUAGAGAUCCUGUCAGAUCCUGUGAAGCGGAGAGCGUUUGACAGUGUGGAUCCAACAUUUGACAAUGCGGUUCCUUCCAAGGCAGAAGGCAAAGAGAACUUUUUUGAGGUGUUUGCGCCGGUGUUUGAGAGGAACGCCAGGUGGUCUGUUAAAAAACACAGCCCAAGUCUAGGAAACAUGGAAGCAUCUUUUGAAGACGUGGAUAAUUUCUAUUCCUUUUGGUACAACUUUGACUCGUGGAGAGAAUUUUCAUAUUUAGAUGAGGAGGAGAAGGAAAAAGCUGAAUGUCGAGAUGAGAGGCGGUGGAUUGAGAAACAGAACCGAGCCUCUCGAGCUCAGAGGAAGAAGGAAGAGAUGAACAGGAUACGGACACUUGUCGACACCGCCUACAACUGCGAUCCGCGAAUCAAGAAAUUCAAAGAGGAGGAGAAAGCCAGGAAAGAGUCAGAGAAGAAGGCCAAAGCCGAGGCCAAGAAACGGGAGCAGGAGGAGAAGGAGCGGGCGCGACAGGCCGAGGAGGCGGCGGCGCGGAUGGUGAGGGAGAAAGAAGAGGAGGCGGCGCGACAGGCGGCACAGCAGGCCAAGAAAGAGAAAGAGGCCCAGAAGAAGGCCAUCAAGAAAGAGCGGCAGAAGCUCAGGACCACGUGCAAGACUCAAAACUACUUCGCAGAUAAUGAAGCCGACAGCGUCAGGAUGAUGGAGGAAGUGGAGAAACUCUGCGACCGGUUGGAACUGACCAGUUUGCAGACUCUGAAUGAAGCAUUGGCCUCUGGGAAUAAAGAACAGAGUAAAGCAGCUCUGGAGAAACAGGUGCAAGAGGUGAAUGUUCAGAUGCAGAAGGAGAAGGAGGCGGAGCUUCAGGCUCAACAGGCGGCGCGCAGCGCUGAACAUACCAGCGGAGGAGGAGGAGUCAAUAACAGAGGCUGGAAUGAAGAAGAUCUCCAGCUGCUCAUCAAAGCUGUCAACCUCUUUCCCGCCGGAACCAAUGCCAGGUGGGAGGUGAUCGCCAACUACAUGAACCAGCACUCCAGCAGCGGGGUGAAGAGAACCGCCAAAGACGUCAUCAAUAAAGCAAAAACACUGCAGAAACUUGAUCCUCACCAGAAAGAUGAGAUUAACCGAAAGGCCUUUGAGAAGUUUAAGAAGGAGCAUUCAGCCGUUCCUCCGACUGUAGACAACGCUGUGCCAUCAGAGAGAUUUGAUGGUGUAAGUGAAUCCAACUCUGCACCCUGGACCACAGAGGAGCAGAAGCUUCUGGAACAGGCUUUGAAGACCUACCCGGUCAACACUCCUGAGCGCUGGGAGAAAAUCUCUGAGGCCGUUCCCGGACGCUCCAAGAAAGACUGCAUGAAGAGAUACAAAGAGCUGGUGGAGAUGAUCAAGGCGAAGAAAGCCGCCCAGGAGCAGGUUUCUGCUAAAAACAAAAAAUGACAAACGUGCCACAGGGAAAGAAAACACACGUACAUACACACACAAAACGUGGUCUUUUAACUUUAUUGUGUUGUUCUUUAUUUUAUAAUAAAAUAAACAUGGGAAAAAAGCA